AUGUCCUCAAGUCGGCCCCUCAAAGGAGCAAUCUGGUACUCUUUUGAAAGACGGAAAAAAGCAGCUGGCUUAGAAGUCUACGGAUUUCCAAUCCUGACAGCAAGGCGUCCUGCCCUCCGCGAGAUUCCAACAGUACUAGGGGCUAUGGGAGGAGGAGGAGGAUUUGAGGAACACUGCAGAACGAUCGGUGCAAAGAUUUUGCAAACAGGUAGUCCCAGGAAGAAAAUCGCGAUCCUCGGUCUGCAGUCGCCCGGCGGACCAGCUGAGCGCAGGUGUCUCUAUGUGCGGAAGCUCAGGUUACCGGGAACACCGCGGGGCCACAGCGCAGCCUCCCUGCCCAGCCUCCCGGAGUCCCGGGCGCGGGUCUGCACGGGGUCUGCACGGGGUCUGCACGCGGUCUGCACGGGGUCUGCACGGGGUCUGCACGCGGUCUGCACGGGGUCUGCACGCGGUCUGCACGGGGUCUGCACGCGGUCUGCACGGGGUCUGCACGGGGUCUGCACGGGGUCCGCACGCGGCCCGCGGACGCCUCCGGCCGCAGCGCCCUCGCGCACCUGGCUGCCAACACCAGUUGAAAGCGGUCAGAGUGAAGGGAGGCGGACGCGGCGCCUGGCACCGCUCCGAUCCCAGCACACAAAGGCGGAUUUUCAAAACCGGGGGAGAGUCAAAGCCGCCGGGAGCCCCGGACCCGCGCCUUUCGCCGAGGGGCUCUUACCUCGGAUCCGCCCUCGGGGCCGCGGCUUUCCCCGGAGACGCCGCGAGCCCGGUCGAGGUGGGAGGCGGCCGGGAGGAAGCCCCACAGCCCGCUCCGCGCCCCGCCAGCCGUCCGCGAGCCGCGGGGCCGCCUCCUGCGCGCAGCCGAAGAGAAGCGAUCUCCGAGGCGAGCACAGCGCCGGCCCCGCGCCGGGCGAGACCGCCUCGCUGGCCGCUGCCUGUGAAGUCUGGAGCCGCCCGACCGCUCGCGGCCAGAGCCAGCCGCGCGCCGCGCAUGCCCAGUGCCCGCGCGAGGAGCGAGCGAGCGCGCGCCGCGCGGCCAGGAACGGGAUCCGCUCUCCGGGUCUUGGCGGCGGCCGAGCCUCGGAGUUCUGGUGGACUCCGGCGCUGGAGGCUAAGCGGCCGCGGAGGCCGGGUGGGCGGGACGGGGACCGGAGCAGGGGAGGCCGGGCGCUGAGCCAAGCUAUCAAGACGGCGAUCAGCGUCGGAACAAGGCUGCGAGCCGCCGACGGCUUUUCAGAAGUGCCCCGGCAGGACCGACCAGCAGCCCGGAGGCGCGGGAAGGGCAAAGAGCGUGCGGAGAGCUUCGCCCCCGGCGAGGAGGGCGCCCCGGGCGGAGGGAGCGCGCGGGUGGCAGCGCCCCGGGUCUGGCUGCACAGCUCGUAACCCCCGCCCUAUGGCGGCAAACAAGCCGCACCUAAGGACCAGCCAGCCUCCGUCUUCCUCCUCCGGCCCUCGGACCUGUUCUCCCCUUUUUGUCACUUUCCUCUUUUUUUUUUUUUCUCUUUGGUCUUCCUAAUCCAUGCGGUAAACUGGUGGUGCCCACGGUCCCUGGGAGUCUCCCAACCGCCGGUCCUUAGUGCCAGCCUGCAAGCCCAGACCCGCCUCGCCCGGCUGCCAGGGAGCCUAUUUUUCACGAAGCUCUUGCCAAAAAGCCCUGGUGCGGUUUGAAGGCUUCUUUUACUUUGUGCCUCUCGUGCCUUAACCAACCCUCAUAACCUCCUCUCUGAGUAACCCAUGGAGCCUUUAAAAGAGAAGUCCAUCUUGUCAUGGACACUGUUUUCUCUCUUAAAACCCCUCAUUGCCAUAGCUGCUCCCCCUCCACCCUCCCAUGCUGUCCUAACUUCAAAGUCAGCCGAGUUCCAGAAGGCAACCAAAGCCUAUAAAUUAAACUUGGUUCGCAGAGAUUGGACCUGCUUACUUUGUGAAGCGAAUGAAAGCACAGCCAGGGAGAGAUGAGACAGCAGGCCGAGGCGGACGUGAAAGCCAUUCUAAAAGUUGGAAUCGACCUAACGGCUAAGCCCAGUCCCCUAUUUUAAGUGGGAAUCCUCUCUCCAAUAUUUCCACCGGACCACUAUCCGCUUGAACAUUUCCAGUGGUGAUGGGCUUUUGGAACUCUCAAAUACUGUGGAAUGCUCAGCAGCAACCUGGACAACCUAAGUACUUCUCUAUAUAAUUGAGCCACAUUUUCAAAUAUUGACAGCCCUGAUGACUCCAAACCAAUGUAAUUAGCUUAAUCAAGUAUACUUUCCUCCAUCUUACUCUUGGUAAAAAAUAUUUUUACAUUAUUUAAUACAAUUAAAAAGCUGUUCCUUUGUUCUACUUCUUACUUUUAUUUCUUUCUUAGUCAAGAAUACUGAAAGCCUAAUUUUUAAACCAGGAAAAUGUUCCUGGAAACAUUUCAAUUUUCAGGAAAUUGGUUCCCUAAGAAUAUGGAACAUUUUAGCUUAAAACAAUUAAUUAGCAAAUGACCAAUGCAAAUGCUUUUUAUUAAAUUUUACUCCUAUUUUUACAAGGGUUAAAAAAACUAAAAUAUGUGCUUUGUACCAUCAAAUAGUUAAAAUUCAUCUGUAUGUAAGAACGUGAGUCUUCUGUAAAAGAAAACAUUUUCUCUAAAUGAGUUUUUGAAUGAAUCAAUUUCCUCUGUUCCUGGGUCCCAACAGUUUCUGAGUUUUUGACAAGUCUUGUCUCCUAGAGUUUCUGAUACUCUUUCCAAAUGUGUAGUGGGAAGAAGCUUCUCUGCUUUUUCUGGGAGACAAAGCCAGAACUCUCAGGCCACAGUCCUCUCUCCUGACCUCCUGUCCUUCCUCGCUCUUGGCUCCCAGAACUCCUGCCAAGGUUACCAACGGGCUUUAACCCAAUUCUAACGUUUUGACUGAGGCCUUGGAGAGGCAACCCGGACUUUUUAAACUUUGUUCUUUUGUUUUGUAAAACACAAGAUUAAAAGAUUAUUAUAAAAUAUUGCCGUUGGAACACCUAAAUGGCCUUGGCCAUGCUUACAUUUCGCAGAAUCCAUGAGAGCACUGUGGUCCCCAGGCCCUUUAAGAGGUGGAGUUACUUCUUAAAUGGAUUUGGACCAUAUGCAAUACAUAUAAGAAAGCUGCAUUUUCCCGCCACAGUGGAAAACAUCUGUUUUGCUAGUGAAUUUAACUCUACUGCCAGAGUAACUUUCCAGAUGUUUUGAAACUCUAAACAAUUACAUCCUUUCUGAUCUGCUCUGGCUCAAAAAUUGAUUUGCUAAGAAAACGCAUAGGUCUGUGACAUAAAGGAAAACAAUAAUAUUUAUCUUUACCAGUCCGUAUUACCAAAACAUUUUAGACAUGGCCUUGGAUUAAUGGUAUAACAUAGAUUACUUUUCUUUCUAAAACAUGCAUACAGACAUGUAUACGCACAGGCUCUUGGAAGGGAAUAUAGUGCAAACAGAAAAUCAUUCCCAAUCGCCUCAGUGUAAAUAACUGCUGCUGGUACACCACUUAUGCUCCUGUCAUUUCCCAGCUUUUUCAUUGGCUUAAUUGAAGGGUACCCUGGUAGGAUGUGAGCAUGCCCAGCACAGGCUUAAUCCCCUCCGGUUUAAUGCCUCCUGUAUAGCAUGCAAAGUAUUUUACACGAUCUAUUUCAGCCUUCUGUAGCAUCUGCUUUAGCUAUUUCUCCCCAGUGAGCCUCUAGCCACUGUUUUGUUGUCAUUGUUUUUUGUUCAUUUAACGUUGACAUUAUUUGAAGAGAUGAUUUUUAUUUUGUAUUUUAUACUCAACUGCCAAACGAUACAAUAUUUCUUUUUUCUACCUCACUGUAGCUCAUGAUUGUACUUUGUGAUCUUUAUCCUAACCCUGUUUGAAUCUAAACCGUCUAUGUUUUCGUUCCAUUUAUGUUCUAACUCCUCGACUUUUUCUAAUAGUCAGCUUUUCCUUUUCAUUCUUUACAAAGUCUUUCAGCAGAUCAUAGUCCCAUUUUCACUAUGAUCCAGAAAUGCACAUGUUUGAAAGGCAAAUUCUAAGCUGAACAGAACAAACCUAUUGUGUAUUCAAGUUCAGUAUGUAUUUUUGCUUAUAAAUAUUUGCCAUCCUUU